GCCCACCACCCCAAUUACUGUGAGUCCAGACACACUGGCUUCUCUGCUUAAAGGACCUGCACAUGCCGCCAGUCGCUCCGGGGACGCUUUCUCCCACUAUCUUAGCUGUAAGCGCCCCUUCAGCUCCCACCCUCCACCUGCCUUGCAAGACAGGAUGUUUUCCUUCUCACGCCUUUUUUUUUUUUUUUUUUGCCGUGCCAUUGGCCUGUAGGAAUCUUAGUUCCCCAACCAGGGAUCCAACCCGCGCCCCUGGCAGUGGAGGUGCGGAGUCUUAACCGCUGGACCGCCAGAGAAGACCCUCACACUUUUCUUAAAUUAUCUUUUUGUUUGUUUUUCGUACAACCCUCUAUCCUAGGAUACCCGCUCUGUUUACACCAGGAAUGUAAUAGAUCGUGUGUACCAGCAGGUGCUUGGUAAAUAUUUGCUGGAUGACCGACUGAACGAAGGAAUGAAUGACUUGCCCAAGGUCACAGGACGAGGAGGGCGGUGGAGACAGGGCGCCUGCAAAGCUGGGCUUUGGGCGCUUCGGUCCCGCUGUCACGACCUGCAGACGCUACAGCCUGGGGGCGCCGCCGGGGAAACAAAGGCAGGGGAGGUGCAGGCAGGUGGCAGCUGCAGGAGCCCUCCGGGCCCUCGUCUCCCCCUCGCCCCGCCCCGCCGAGGCGCCGCCCCGGGGUGCCACACCCCAGCCGUCCGCAGCCCCGACUCCUGCCGCGAGGGGGGCGCGGGGCGACCGUCGGGGCGCAUGGACGGGGCGGCGGCGAGCGCGGCGCGGGGCCUGGGGCUCGGCGAUGAGGAAGCAGAGCGCGCGCACCGCCGCGCUCGUCCUGUGCAUCCUCUCCUACCUCCUGGUGGGCGCCGCCGUCUUCGACGCGCUCGAGUCCGAGGCGGAGAGCGGCCGCAGGCGGCUGCUGGCCCAGAAGCGGAGCGAGUUGCGGAGGAAGUACGGCUUCUCGGCCGAGGACUACCGCGAGCUGGAGCGCCUGGCGCUGCAAGCCGAGCCGCACCGUGCCGGCCGCCAGUGGAAGUUCGCCGGCUCCUUCUACUUCGCCAUCACCGUCAUCACCACCAUCGGGUACGGCCACGCCGCGCCGGGCACGGACUCGGGCAAGGUCUUCUGCAUGUUCUACGCGCUCCUGGGCAUCCCCCUGACCCUGGUCACCUUCCAGAGCCUCGGCGAGCGGCUGAACGCGCUGGUGCGGCGCCUCCUGCUGGCGGCCAAGCGCUGCCUGGGCCUGCGGCGGCCGCGCGUGUCCCCCGAGAACAUGGCGGUGGCCGGGCUGCUGGUGUGCGCGGGCACCCUGGCCCUCGGGGCCGCCGCCUUCGCGCACUUCGAGGGCUGGACCUUCUUCCACGCCUACUACUACUGCUUCAUCACGCUCACCACCAUCGGCUUCGGCGACUUUGUGGCGCUGCAGAACGACGAGGCGCUGCAGAGAAAGCCGCCCUACGUGGCCUUCAGCUUCCUGUACAUCCUCCUGGGGCUCACGGUCAUCGGCGCCUUCCUCAACCUCGUGGUCCUGCGCUUCCUGGCGGCCGGCGCGGACGCGCCUGAGCGCGCUGCCCGCCCGCUCCGCCGGGGGUCGCCCGAGAACCGAGGCCCCGCGCGCCGCGCCGGCCUCAUCUCCAUCUCCUGCCGCCUCCACCGGCUGGAGCUGUGCUCCCGCGACAAUCCCGGCUUCUCGCCCCCCGCCAGCCCCGGGGCUGGGGGCGGCGGCAGAGCCGGUAGGCCCCCGGCCCGGCGGAAGUCCAUCUGAUAGCCCUUCCCUCCUGUGCAUCUCUGGAAGUGGUCUUUGGCUGGGCCCCAGAAAUCCCACAGGACUCAUCCCACAGGACUCAUCCGGGGGGUCGAUCCUAGAACCUGAGGGUCUGGAUUCACCUGUUGUCGCACCCUCCCCAGAGCUUGGAGAAGGGCUGAGGGGCCGCGGCCUCAAUGCCGUCCUCUGCCACGAGCAGUUCCUCACUCCCUUCUGGGGCGCGAGCCCCGCUGUCCUCUCCAAAAAUACAUUAAAAGUCGCAUCAUAA